AUGGACACAUCCGUGGUUUACGCUGACUUAAGUGUAGCCAGGACCCGAGUGCUUAGCCAUGCAUCACCUCCGUCUCUUCCCCCAGAUGCCUGUCAGUGCCCACGCUGGCAUCGGCUGGCACUGAAACUCAGCUGUGCUGGACUGAUCCUUCUUGUCUUGAUUCUGACUGGACUCGUGGGAUUCUUAGUGAAAAAAGCACCAAUAGAAAAAUGUGGAGUGGCUGCUCAAGAGAUCAUGGCUGAACCAACAGGGAGAUCAGCCAUUCCAACAUGCCCAAAAGAUUGGCAGCCAUACCGGGAUAAAUGCUUAUUUAUUUCUCAAAUUUCCAGACCUUGGUCUGAAGGUCUAUCUGACUGCUCUGUGAGAGGAGGCACUUUGCUGCUCAUUGAAGAUCAAGAAGAAUUGAGAUACUUCCAGAAUUUCUCAAAGAUAGAAGGACAUCAGUUUUUUAUUGGACUAAAAUAUAUACAAGUGGAGCGGAUCUGGAAGUGGACAAAUGGUUCUACUUUAAAUCCUGAUCUAUUACAAGUCACUGGCAAGGACAAAGAAAACAGCUGUGCAGUCAUCUCACAGACAGAAGUAUUUUCUGACACCUGUUCUGCAGACAACCGUUGGAUCUGCCAAAAGGAGCACCGGACAGAAAUCUCA